UUCCUGUCGGAUCGUUCCCAAUCACACAUGAAAAAUGGCGGAACGGGAGGAAGCGGUGAGGGAGUUCAUCGCUGUUACUGAUGUUGACGAAGAAAGGGCCCGUUUCUUCCUCGAGUCAGCCGGCUGGGACCUACAGCUUGCUCUAGCCAAUUUCUUUGAAGAUGGAGGAGAUGAUGAUAUUGCCACCAUUCCUCAGCCAGAGCCUGUGUCUCGAUCCACUGGGCCAAGUGAACACAGAGUGACAUCCUUUAGGGAUCUGAUGCAUGAGGAUGAGGAUGAGAGUGGUGAUGAGGAAGGGCAGAGGUUCUUUGCUGGUGGGUCAGAACGCAGUGGGCAGCAGAUUGUUGGUCCUCCCAAAAAGAAAAGCUCAAAUGAGCUGGUUGAUAACUUGUUCAAAGGUGCUAAGGAGCAUGGAGCGGUCCCUGUUGACAAAGCAGGAAAAGGACUAGGAGAAUCCAGCAAGUCCAAGCCUUUUGGUGGGGGUGGCUAUCGAUUGGGUGCAGCACCAGAAGAGGAGUCGGCUUAUGUGUCUGGAGAGAGGAGACAGUCCAGUAGUUCACAAUAUGUAAAUGUGGUGCUGAAACUCUGGAAGACUGGCUUUAGCCUUGAUGAUGGGGAGCUUAGGAACUACAGUGAUCCUGGAAAUGCCCUUUUCCUGGAGGCUAUCCGCAGAGGGGAGAUUCCUCUGGAAUUGAGACAGCGUUCCCGGGGUGGUCAGGUAAACCUGGACAUGGAGGACCAUCGGGAUGAAGAUUUCUCCAAAGCCAAACCAACGUUCAGAGCUUUUACUGGAGAAGGACAGAAACUGGGCAGUGCAACGCCAGAGUUGGUGUCACUCCAGAGAAGCCCGCAGGACCAGGCUGCCAGUGAAGCUCAGGCUACUGCUUCCAUUAGUUUGGACAGCUCUCAACCUGUCACCAGCAUCCAAAUCAGACUGGCCGAUGGAGGCCGACUGGUGCAGAAGUUCAACCACACUCACAGGGUGUCGGAUGUGCGUCAGUUUGUGGCAAGUGCUCGACCCGCUUUAGCUGCUGCAGAGUUCGUUCUCAUGACGACCUUCCCCAACAAAGAGCUGACGGACGAGAGUCAGACGCUGAAGGAUGCCAACCUGUUGAAUGCCGUCAUUGUCCAGCAGUUAAAGUGACAGUGCUAUCUAUUGGCCUGGCUCUAUAAAAGCACUCUUGAGUUUUCCUUGCCUCUGAGUUGGAGAUACCAGGACUAAAAGGACUUCUAAUUACUUAAUUUUGUUUCCUUUAGUGAUGUGUAUUUCCUCUGUGGCAGUUUUGGGGGCAGUGGGUAGUUCUGGUUAAACAUGAAGAUGAGAGGAAAGCAAUCACACUGUGAUAUAGUUAAAGGGAAGGAGAGAGGAAUGAAGUGGCGAUCUAACAAAUUUUGCAGUUUUAGAAUAACAAUGAACAAAUUCAGAUUGAAAUAAGGAGCUUUUUGAAGAGUUUUGACAUCCCUUUACCUCGGGGUCUAUCUUGCAGAUAACUGCUGCUUCUCAUUUGGUGUUUUUGGUCUCCCUGUUUCUUUCCUCUCUGUUUAUUCCCUCUCAACAUUUCUCAAAACAAAAGUAGCCUUAUAUUUUAGCCCCUUGCAGUGACACUGACCUCAAAUAUCAAGAACAACCUCAACUGUCAAUGAGAAAAAGGUUUAAACUAGAUAUUUUUGGCUGGCACAUUAUAUUAUUGAUUUUAUUUUUAUGUUUGCCUGAUUAUACAAUAGUUUUAAACAAAGUUGUUAGUUGGUUGGUUAACCACCAACUUCAGUUUUGGAAGCCUCUGCUGGUUAACUUAUCAGUGGCCAUCUUGUAUUCUAUGCAGCAACUGACUAUAAAACUGGACUCACUUCGUGAUUGUGUAGAGCUGUUGUAAACCUGCUAUUAAACCCCUCUGUCUGGCAUUGGAGCGCA